GGUUCUCAGAUCCAUUUAUGGGUUUUAAUUAUUCCUUUAAUAACACGCUUCUUUGAUGAAUGACAAGCGUUCCUACUAGGCUGCCUCUUCCUGCCGCAGAGACCCUGCUUUGGUUCAGCACUGUACCCAGCUGCCUGACCCAGGCUGGCGCAAAGGCCCUCAGCGGGACGAAUGAAUGAAGGAGUCAACGAGCCUAUCAACCAAAGAUGUUGGCUGUUGUUCCUUUCUUGGUAGUGGUUUUGUUUCUAAGUCUUGCACCAAGCAAACCGCAACGCGUCUGUACCGUCUGCCUAGGUUAGGUAGGAUUAUGCUUGAGUCUUGGGGCUUCCAAUCUGCUAAAACAUCAAAAUUGUAUACGGGUGCGGGCGGUUUGAGCCUUUGGUUGAGGAGAGGAAGCUAGUAGUCAUCGGAUUUCAAAGCGGGGUGGUCCCUGCCUAUUAGUUCCAAAGAGCCACGGUUUCGUGAACAUCUCACGCCAGCCCCCUGCGUCCCCGAGGCCCCGGCGCGCGCUGGCUCGGACGGCUGCUGGGCCCCACCCCUCGGAUCAGACCGACACUGCAGGCCCGUCCCCGGGGACCGCAGAGAAGAGGCGACGCGGCGGCGAGGGGCCCGUGGGCCCGGGCGCCGGUGCAUGUCAGGGACGCGGCCCGCAGCCGCCGGCUGGCGCCGGGCCUCCGCAGCCAUCUGCAGGGCGCGCGGGCGGGAGGCGCGGCCUCGGGACGCGGACCCGCCCCCGCGCCCGGGCCGCCCCGCCGGGCUUCUUCGAGCUCUCGCCGCGCGCGCCGGCCUGGCUUCCGACUCGCCUGCCCCCGGCCCGGCCGACUCGCGCUCCCCGCCGGGCCCCGCCGCCAUGGGCCCCGCGCGCUGGCUGGCGCUGGGCGGCCUCUUCGCGCUGGCCGGGCUGCCGGAAGGCCGCCUGGUGCGCGAGCAGGAAGCCGGCUUCGGCGAGUGUGACCGGUUCUUCUACGCCGAGCGUCCGCCCGCGGGGCUGGCGGCCGGAGCCCACGUGAAGAUCUGCCAGCGCUCCGAGGGCGCAGAGCGCUUCGCCACCCUGUACAGCACCCGGGACCGCAUCCCCGUGUACUCGGCGCUCCGCGGCGUGCGCCCCGCGGCCGAAGGCGCCGCGCCCCGCUGGCUGCUGGAGCCCCAGAUCGAUGACCCCAACAGUCACCUUGAGGAGGUGACUGAGGAGGCUGAUGCCAUCGCCUCUGUGAACAAUCUGGGAAGCAAGCAAGCCUUGAAUACAGAUUACCUGGAUUCUGGCUACCAAAGAGGACAGCUAUACCCAUUCUCCCUGAGCAGCGAUCUCCAAAUGGCCACAUUCACUCUCACAAAUGCAGCUCCCAUGACCCCGACCUUCCGAGAACGGUGGUACAUGAAUCUCAACAGCCUGAUGGAGCGGGCGCUGAGCCCGCAGUGUGGCAGUGGGGAAGACCUAUAUAUCAUCACAGGCGCUGUGCCCUCAGACCGCAAAGUCAAAGACAAAGUGGCCAUCCCUGAGUUUGUCUGGCUGGCAGCCUGCUGUGCUGUCCCUGGAGGAGGCUGGGCCAUGGGUUUUGUGAAGCAUACCCGGGACGGUGACAUCAUAGAAGAUGUGAUGGUGAAAGAACUUGAGAAACUGCUUCCAUUCAACCCUCAGCUGUUCCUGAACAACUGUGGUGAAACUGAGCAAGACACAGAGAAAAUGAAAAAAAUCUUGGAAAUGGUGAACCAAGUCCAGGAUGAAGAGCGAAUGGCGCAAUCUGCGGAGGGCUCCAGCCCCCUCUCCGGCACGAGGAGCGAGGGACUGGCUCUGCCGCCCGCAGAGGCACCUGCGGAUGGGAGCGGCUUUUGGGGGAAGCUCAUGGGCUUCAUUGCCACCCCAUUCAUCAAGCUUUUCCAGCUGGUUUAUUACCUUGCAGUAGGAAUCCUGAAGAACGCUGUGUAUUUCCUGUGGUAUGUCACCAAACAGGUGAUCAAAGGCAUAAAAAGUUGCCUUUACCGCCUCGGUUCAGCCACCAUCUCAUACUUCAUGGCCAUCGGGGAAGAGCUGGUGAGCAUUCCCUGGAAGGUGCUCAGAGUCACGGCCAAAGUCAUCAGGGCCAUUCUCCGGAUCCUUUGCUGUCUGAUGAAGGCCAUUUGCCGCAUUCUGGGUGUCCCGGUCCGAGUCCUCGUGGAUGUGGCCGCUUUUCCCAUGUAUACGGUGGGCGCAAUUCCGACUGUGUGCAAGGACAUCGCCGUGGGCCUCGGUGGCACCCUCUCUCUGCUCUUUGACACAGCUUUUGGCACCAUGGGUGGCCUACUUCAGGUGGUUUUUAGCGUCUGCAAGAGUAUUGGCUACAAGGUCACUUUUGACAAUUCUGGAGAGUUAUAAAACUCAAAAGACUAAUAGUGCCCAGUUGCAGUGAAUAUGAUUUUUUUUUUUAAAUAGAGGAAGCUGGAAUAUUUUGUCUUUAUAGUGGGUUUUUGUUCCUUGUCAAUUAUCAUCACAUUUUGGCCUUGCUUAGGGGGUGUCUGCAUGUUUUUGCCUAAGAAGAUGGUACAAUUUAGACUUGACCCAAGUGAAGUGUUCCUGGUGGGAUUCUGUGUAGGUCAUCUGCUGAGAUAUGAGCAAACUUCCAAGCUAUUAGAAUCUUUAGUUAUUCACUCUGUUACAGAUUAAUUUGUGGUAAUUAAAAAUUACAGAGGAAAGAAGAAUUAGAAUGAGGUCAACUUUAAGCAAAAUGUUUCUGGGAAAAGGAGAAAAGAAUCUUGUUUCUCCUAUUACUCUAGAGACUUAGGGCAAAACUGAUAUAAAUAUUCUUAGCCCAUUUGUUCUCAUUUGUUUUCUUUUUCUCCAACUCAUCUGGCCUUUGUGAAGUGAUGACAUGCUUCCCUGUUGAAAUAACUUUCUUAGAGAUGUAGACUCUGUUAUACCCCUUAGCUUUCCACAGCUCCCAAGGACCUGUCUUGGGUUAAUAUUUUCCUCCAAAGUUGAAUUUUGCUGCAUUUGUCUUUUAGGUAAUGAUAAGCAUUUUACAUCAAAUGUGGCAUAACCUAGUUUGAAUGCAAGGGCAAAAACUUUAUCCCUUGAGCAAUGUAGUAUAGUCUUCUCUGGUAUAAUGAAGAGAGUGCAGGGUUCACAGCCCUGCUGUGAGUAGGUGCUAUAGGUCUGAGGACAUCCUUAGCAAGCUUGGAUUAACUUGAUGUACAUCAAAUCUCUGGCUGACAAGAUUGAGCUCAGAGACUUACAUUUUAGGCUAAUAUGAAAAUUCAUAUUCUGCAAUAUAUUUGGUCUUUCCUAUGCAUCAAGUAAAUACCUAAUACAGUAAGACACUCUGACUUCUGUCCUUAAUGAUUGUUUUUGUAUAAUAGAUUGUUUGGGAUUGUUGAGUAUAAAUGUAUAGAAAACUAAAGAAAAACUAUUUAAGCAUCUCAGAAAAAAAUAUAUCCAUAUCCACUUAUAUCCCAGUUUAUGUGGGUAUAAACUUGGUAAGAAUCACUUUCCCAGGAAAUUAUUUUUAGUGUGUUUGAGGCUAGAAAACAUAACCCUCCUAUUAAUGCAAGCUUGAUUUGAGAGCUGGUCCCCAAUUUUUGGAUCAAGCAUUUGUCAUUUUAAAUCUUGUGCUGAGAAAGAAAACAGAACCUCCCAAAUUUUGCACUGCCAUUCUCAGCCUAGAUGGAAUCACCCUGGCUUUUCUGAGGGUUCCAAGAAUUGCUGUGAGGCAGAAAGGGGCCAAGUGUGAAAUACUGAUCUGGGGGUUGCAGGCCACCAAUUUUAGCUGACUGUUAGAUGCAAAAACUUGGGAUCCAGAAAGGCAGUAAGGAGAAAGUGAUGGGUCAACUAUUUACAUCAGGUUGGUUUAAAUUAAGAAAUAUAAGUGUAGCAAAGAUACAUUUUGCAGAAAAAUAAUUGAAUUGCACCAGAGUAGAAGAGUAGCCACGCUGAUCAGUUGGUGGUGCAGUGUUGGGGUCUAUGGACACUAGAGUGGCACAUGAUAGAGAGAUAUGCACUAGACUUAUCUAAGAAUCUUAAGCAGUGUUUUACCAACACUUCUGUUUGUUAGCAUAUAAAUCUGUAGCUGGGCUUCCCUUCAUUUCAGCAGCAGGAACGCACGGAAGGGUGAGGGUUUGCCUUAGUGCUGAUGGGUCAAGAAUCCUGCUGGAUGAAAGAGAUCUUAGAUGUGACCAGGGAGGUGUUCUGUCCAAAACCCCACGUGAUGGGGGACUUGAGGCACAGGGAGGCAGCAGGCUUGCCUUCAGUCUCCUUGCCAGCUGAUGGCAGAUUCGCAUGUGUCCUGUUAUACCUGGGAUGCCAGAGACAUGGUGUGUGUCACUGUUCACCUGCUCCCGUAGCAGGGUCUUCUCCUUCACCCGUCAGCCAGACUCUAGUCCCUGACUUGCCAACUGGAUUCGUCCCAUGUGAUGAAACAAUUAGCCCUCCAUGCACUGCGCCAUGCUUACUGCCUCCCCUGGAAUCUGUGUUCCCUCAUUGUAAUGGAUGUGGAUACUGAAAGGCCCAAAGAGGUGGUGGCUGGAGCUCGUUGGCACCAUGCAAGGAGUAGGGCAUCCAAGCUGCUUCUUGAGAGCCAUUUAGAAAUGUCUUCUUUUUUUACUCUUAGUUAUUUAGUGUCUUAUUUAUUCUUAUGUGGUCUUUUUUGAAAUUGGGGAAGGGAUUUAAAGCACAAGUAUCCUUCAGGUGAGGUGGCUGAGACCCUCCGCUCUGGACCACUGGGGUUGGCUGUGCCUCCAGUUCACUGGCGCCAGCAGGUGGCUGCACUGCUUCUCUGGGCUAAGGAAUCCCACCUCUGGUUUGAAGAUUUGUCUGUGGCUCUGUUGUGCUCUCUGGCUCUUGGGGAGAUUGCCAACUCGUCAGUAGUAAGGAGCUGAUUUUCUAGUCCGGGGAUAAGCCACAUGUUUGCACACUCCUUUUUCCCAUUGUGCCUUUUGAAUGGCUUCUUACUCAGCAUCCUCACUCCCACCUAAAUGCAGACUAGGGAGUUAGGAGAAGGAGCCAGAGCUCAAGCAAUCACUCACUCAGUCAUUCAUCUGUCAAAUGUCUAUUUGAACAUCAAGUUUCCAGAGAUCAGUAAUACAUGGAUCUCAUCUUUGAGUGCAAAAAUCUAGUGGGGAGAACACACGGUGCAAUUGGUACAUGUGACAUCAUGGUGAAUGUUACCAUGAAGGUACUAGAAGCAUGCUCCCUAGAGCACAGGAGGAAGCACCACAGAACCAUGGAAAUUAGGGAAGCCUACAGAGGAUGUGGCAAAUGUCAGUUUGACAUUUUCAAGCUAUGUACAAUGCUGUGCACCUUGCAAUGCUCAAUAAAGUAAUUAUUGACAACUCA